GACAGCAUCGGGCGCAGAUUACAGUAGACAGACACGCAGCGAGAGCAUCUCAUCUCGCCCGUCGAGAGCGAGAGAGCGAGCAGACCGACAAACGCAGACGCAGGCAGGGAGACGGGCAUCGGCGCUUGCAACGAUGGCGUGCGCAGCGAGCUCUGUAUCGGUGGUGGGAGCGUCGGCAUUGGGGAGCGCAGCGGCGGCGCCUAGCGUUCGUGCCGAGAGGCGGGGCUCGGCCGCGGUCGCGAGCGUGAGCUUGGGGAAUGGAUUGGUGUUCCGGAACGCUUCGGCGGGCGCGCUGGCCUCGCGCCAGAACAAUGAGCUGAGCGGCGCUGUGGCGCCAGCGCUGGCCUCGCGCCCCAGGCGCGCACCCGGCGCCGGGCGGGUGGUGGCGCAGCUGGCGCAGAAGGCUGAGUACAUCUGGAUGGACGGGCAGGAGGGCUCCAAGGGCAUCAAGUUCAACGAGAUGCGCUCGAAGACGAAGGUCAUCCCCAAGCCGCUGCCCGCCGGAUCCAUCGACUUCCCCGAGUGGUCGUUCGACGGCUCCAGCACUGGCCAGGCGCAGGGCAACAAUUCCGACUGCAUCCUGAAGCCCGUGUUCUCGUGCCCCGACCCCAUCCGCGGUGACCACCAUGUGCUCGUGCUGUGCGAGGUGCUGACGCCCGAUAGCAAGCCCCACCGCACCAACACGAGGCGCCUGAUCGAGGACAUUCUGUCGGAGGACGUGCUGGCGCAGGAGACGCUGUUCGGGUUCGAGCAGGAGUACACCAUGUUCGGCAAGAACGGACACCCCUACGGCUGGCCCGACGCUGGCUACCCUGCGCCGCAGGGCCCCUUCUACUGCGGAGUUGGGCUCGAGGCCGUCUACGGGCGACCGCUGGUCGAGGCGCAUCUGGACGCCUGCGUCAAGGCCGGGCUCAAAAUCAGCGGAAUCAAUGCCGAGGUCAUGCCCGGGCAAUGGGAGUUCCAGAUCGGGCCGGCUGGUCCUCUCGAGACGGGCGACCACGUGAUGAUCGCGCGGUGGCUGCUGCACCGCCUUGGCGAGGACUUCGGCAUCAUCAGCACCUUCGAGCCCAAGCCCAUGCAGGGCGACUGGAACGGCGCCGGCGCGCACACCAACUACUCGACCAAGGCCAUGCGCGAGGAGGGCGGCAUGAGCGCCAUCAAGGCCGCCAUCGAGAAGCUGUCGAAGAAGCACAAGGAGCACAUCGCCCAGUACGGGCUCGGCAACGAGAGACGCCUCACCGGCAAGCACGAGACCGCCAACAUCGACACCUUCAAGUCCGGCGUCGCCGACCGUGGUGCCUCGAUCCGCAUUCCCCUGCCCGUGUCCCUGGCCAACAAGGGCUACCUCGAGGACCGCAGGCCCGCCGCCAAUGUGGACCCGUACGUGGUUUGCCGCAUGCUGAUCCAGACCACGCUCAAGGAUUAAGCCGGUCAGCCCCGCUCUUUUGCCCUCGGAGAUGGGUGCUCGGAUUCGAUCGUCUGUCGCUGGGGGAGAGGCAAAAUCUCGCUCGCUCGCUCGCACUGAAGGUAUGGUAGUCUCCUCGAAUCCUAGAGUCUUUCAACCGCUAAAUUCUGAACUCCUAUGGUGCGUCAGUGUAGAAAUUUUCGUGCAACCUUCGAAUUGAAGUGCUGAGGAACAAGAGAGUCGAGGAGAAGAUCAUCUGUGCGAGGGGACAGACCAGCCAUCAGUGUACUGCGAUGAUUGACGGUUGCGCAAGUACUGUUUUGUACUCUCGAAACGCCGCAUUCAUGUCUGUCUGCUCAUGGAUAUGAAAUUCAAAAACCCAUGAUGAUUCUAAUAAAAUCAUGAAGAAAGUCAAAUUUGU